CAGCUGAAGGGGGCUUACAGGAAAGGCAGACUCGGGCUCCUCGCAGCAAAAGCAUAAAGAGGCCAUGGGCAUGAGUCACUGCGAAGGAAAUCCCAGGCGCUACCUUCCAUCCCUGGGACGGCAGGGAGCAGGGUCUGAACAUGGGCACCCAGCCAUACACUGCAACCAAGGAAGAGAUCCCUGACUAUGUUCUAUACACCGUAGGAUCAUGUGUGCUCGUUAUUGGCUCCAUUGGCAUCAUUGGAAACCUGCUAGUGCUCUAUGCGUUUUACAGCAACAAGAAGCUGAGGACACCUCAAAACUACUUUAUAAUGAAUUUGGCUGUGAGUGACUUCCUGAUGUCGGCUUCUCAGGCACCCGUGUGUUUUGUCAACAGCUUGCACAGAGACUGGAUACUCGGGGAUAUAGGCUGUGACUUGUAUGCUUUCUGUGGGGCACUCUUUGGAAUAACCUCAAUGAUGACUUUAUUAGCUAUUUCUGUCGACCGCUACCUUGUGAUCACUAGGCCCCUGCGAUCCAUACAGUGGACUUCAAAGAAACGCACUAUGCAGAUCAUCGCCAUUGUGUGGCUGUACUCAUUGGGAUGGAGCACGGCUCCACUCUUCGGGUGGAGUUCCUAUGUGCCUGAGGGCUUGAUGAUAUCCUGUACAUGGGACUAUGUAACCUACUCCCCUGCAAACAGAAGUUACACCAUGAUUUUAUGUUGCUGCGUGUUUUUUAUUCCCCUCAUAAUAAUAUUCCAUUGCUAUUUAUUCAUGUUUCUGGCCAUAAGACGUACUGGCAGAGAUGUUCAAAGGCUGGGGUCCUGCAGCCGGAACUCCUACCUUUCUCAGUCCAUGAAGAAUGAAUGGAAACUGGCAAAAAUUGCUUUUGUGGUCAUCAUUGUGUUUGUCUUGUCCUGGUCUCCUUAUGCUUGUGUCACCUUGAUUGCCUGGGCAGGUAAAGGCAACACCCUAACACCAUACUCCAAAUCUGUGCCAGCAGUUAUUGCCAAAGCUUCUGCAAUCUACAACCCCAUCAUAUAUGCAAUAAUUCACCCAAGAUACAGAAAAACCAUCCACAAUGCUGUUCCGUGUUUAAGGUUCUUAAUACGAAUAUCGAAGAAUGACCUCCUGAGAAGCUCUAUAAAUGAAUCGUCAUUCCGGACCUCUCUCUCUAGCCACCAGUCUCUUGCUGGCAGGACCAAGAGCAUUUGUGUUUCAUCAGUUUCCACUGGAGAAGCUACCACUGAUGCAAUGAUGCAUGAGACCACCAACCGUAAUGAUUUCAUAAACUGUAAAAUAUCCAAAUUAUCCUUGCAACACGAGACCUGGAGCGAUGUAGAUCUUGACCCUGUAGAGCCAGUUCAUAAGAAACUACAGCCUCGCCGAAGUCAUUCUUUCUCAACAAGUCUGAGACAGAAGAAGAGAGAUCUGCUCCCAAAGACCUGCAGCUGUGAUACAGCAACUGCAGAAAAAGUUUCGCUCUCCUCCAGCUGUUUGGAGAAGGUACUUGGGUGGUCAGUCCUGCACAGUCCCUCUGCAACACUUGUGGCCAGCUCACUAAGAGCAGCUUCUCUGCCUGUUGGUUUGAAUAACAGCAGUGUCAGCAGAGGAGGAGGCUCAGAUGUUUCACAGACAGCGACUCAAGAAUGUCAAGUCAAUGGAGAACUGGGGUCUAUUAUUUGCGCUUCUGUCCCUCGCAUCAUCAUCAUUCCUACCUCAGAGACCAACGUAUUUCAAGAGGAGCUUGAACAGGAAGAGAAUGAUUUAUUGCACUUCCAUGACAAAAAGGGAAAUCUGCUGGAUUUGGAAGGGCUUAGCUCAUCCACAGAGUUCCUUGAAGUUGUUGAGAAAUUUUUAUCAUAAGUUUGUCGAAAGAAAACUUUCCAGUAAUUAUUUUGUUGGCAUCUGCUCCACUUAAUUAUACCAAAUAGCCAAAGCCUCAUAGGUUAGAUCAUCAGACUUUUUGAAUGUUUGUACUGUUGUCACUAGGCAGCCUUCAGAUUUAUCUUAGCCCGGACCAGCUCAGGCAUGGAAACAGGCUUUCUUUCAGAUUGUGCUGCGGGAAAUGAGCAAUGGAAGAUCUGGCAGCAUGACUGAGUGGCACUGGUUGAGUUGACCACCUGCUUCGUGAGGCCCCAAUUUGUAACCACAGAUGAAGACACCAGCAGCAGAAAAAACAAUGGAGCAAGACCAGGGGCAACUGCUGAAUGUUUCUGCUACCUGCCCAUGGAACAGCAUUCCUGUUUUGGUAGCUCUCUUCUGGACAGUGUUGGGAAGUGCCAUGAAACCACAGUUUCCACCAGCCGCAGUGGUAACACAGAUGGCUAGAUGAUCUGAAUGAUCUUUUAAUCAAAUCAAGUCUGUGAUUUGUCUGUAGUUAAAUUUGUUUGUAGAUAAAGAUUUCAAGUAAAAAGGAGAAAAUUACUUACUGGAAUCUUAAUGAAUCUUGCUGCCUUGGGUUGGUAUGUAGCAGGACCUAUACCACUUUCUUCCAGAAAGCUUAUUCAGUUUCCAGACAUCAGUCCAUUUCCCUCCAUUUGGGAGACUCUCUUGAAGAAGAAAACCCUUCCACUUUGCUGUCUGAAAAAUGUUUAUGUUCCAGGGUGACAUGCAACGCAUAACAUGCAAAAUACUGGGUAAUAAAUAACCUUUUUUAAAGCUUCAUUAUUCUUCACACACACACCUUGUUUUUUACAGCUGCUCUUCACUGAUUCUCCAUGUAGGUAAUCCUUGCUAUAUUUUGUUUGGUUCUUUCACAAUACAUGAAAGUCAAGCAAGCUAGAGGGGAGCUGCGUACCACGGAGUGUUUUAAGUCUGGACUCCUUUUCUGCGUAGGAUUAGAUCAAACUUGACUGUGGUGAUUUGGUUCAGCAAGUGCAGAUACCAGCUAACUGCAGGAUGAGGUUGGACAAGGUGGAAGCAGCUGAGGUGUUGCUAUCUGUCCUGGGUCACCUCAGCACAAGCUGGUGAUUAUUUCUUGCUUUUCAUCUCAUCCCUGUCCUCAGUCUAUACCACAAAGUUCUGGCUGCACAGCUUGAAUGGACAAGUAUUUCUGUGGAAAGUUUGGUGCUAGGAUGAUUUUCUUGUGACUGUCACAUUUACCUGCGUAUUAAUACAUACUACGGCUUACUAAGAUUUCAGAUGUCUGUUUGUAUAUAUUACUUGCUUUAUGAUGUGUCUGGUUUGCACUUAUGUUUGCACUCUAGUUGCACUUGUUAGUGCUGUAGGUGGUAGCAGGACAUGAAAAGAUAACUGAAAAUGUCAGUCAGGUAUAAAUCCACUGUUAGUAAUUCUCCCUCAGGCCAGGGGCUAUAUCGGCUUGUCAGCAACCUUGGUGACAGUAUGGUAUGGUAAAAUUUCCUGAGAAAAGAUUUCUGGUAGAGCGUUACACAAUACAUUGAAUUUUUUUAUUCUGAAUCAUUUUUACUCUUUAUUUGUGGUUAUGUAUCCUGUAUAUAUUUUAAUUUAAAAAGUUAUAUGUGUUCUUCACCAGGAAGCAAAGCUUCAGAAGACCCUUAUUAGCUUCAGGACCUGCUGCUGCACUGAAUGUGACAUAGUGAAUAGCGUGUGAAGAGAUGGGCUGCUGCUGUUACCAACAGUGCAUGGCCCUUGGAAAGUUGCACUCGAGCUGUUUCUCUCCAUGCCAAGGAGCAGGUCUGAUCCCCAUGAAACAGUCAGACAUUUGUGUUAGUGAGUGCACGUGAAAAUGGUAUUUCCUAGACAUUUAUAGGGAACUAAUUGUGGGUAAUUUUUCAUAGAGACUGCAGAAGAUGCCUCCCUAGAGUUUCUCCUUGCCAUAUUUCAGCUUCGUUCCCCCUGCAAGCAGGUGGCAAAGCUCCUCAAAGAAACAGAUGGAUGUAUUUAAUGUUAACAACUAAUUUUUCCAUGGAAGUGCUCUUGGAAAGAAAUUAUUCCUAUAUCCUGAGAUGGAGGAAAAAAAAAAAAUCCAGGCCAAAGCAGACUACAAGUGUGGAAAUUGUGAGACUGAACACAUUCAAGUUUGAUAAAUGUAAAACAAAUUAAAACAACAGCUUAUAGUGGAAAUUGUUGAGCCACUAGGAAUGCACCAAAAUAGACAACUCCAUCUUAGUAGAAAAUGUAAAAUGCUGUAUCCAACCAACUAAUGCACUCAGAUUGUUUUGUCUGUCCCCAUCUAUGGGCAACCCAACAUAAAGAAACUUGGAGCCACCAGCAGCUUUGUCACGGUUGGGUCACUGUCACCUGACUUGACCGUCGGGGCACCAACACGUGACGGAAAGGGGGAUGAAAAGUUUCUGUUACAAGAACAAACUUAAUUUACCUUGUUAAACGCAGCAAAAAAAGACUGAAGGGGGAUAGGGGAAUAUGGGAUAUGACUGCUAUCUUUACAUAUGUCUGCGGAGGGAAACAAGCUGUUCAAGCAAAGUGUCAGUUUUGGCACAGGAAUAUGUUAGCAUAAAUGGUCUGUGAAUUACUGUAUUCUGAAAAUUACAUGAUGGAUUUUUUUGUUUUGUUUUGGGUUUUUUUUUUUUUCAGCCCAGGGCAUGUGUGUUCUGGAUAGACAAAAGGAACAACUGUAUGUUUUAUGCUAAGUUCAAGUCUUACAUGAGCUGUGCUGUCCAGCCAGCUGUAGCUACAGUGACAGCCAUCAGUGGCCACUCUCAGACACCCGUUGCGUCAGUAGAAUAAUAAUUUUUUUAAAAGUGCAAGUACCCACAGAAACAAAUCUUGGUAUUAAAAAUGUCUUGAGAUGACUACUUUUCUGGUUUUAAGUAGGCUGGGGUUGUUUUGAGUGUCAGUGCAUGGGUGACUGUCAUGAGAGUGCAGGACUCGUAGGCAGGAGUCCACUGAAGAAAUGCAGCAAAUUUCCUGAUGAUGUGCACCCAUUGAGCAAGUGACUGCUUCCAGUUUGCUGGGUGAAAAAUUGCUGAGCCACCACUAAGAUCUCUUUCAUGCUUUUUAUAAAUUUUAGUGGAAAAAUUGCCCGUCCUUUAAGCUAUUUUCAAUAACUUGAGCUUUAUACGCCUGGAAGAGCUGAGCCUGCAUUUUGCUGUAUUUUCCUCUUCACUGUCACACUGCCUAUAAGCCACACACUUUUCUGAGGCUGGGAAUUGAGCUGGUUUGGCCUUCCCCUCCUUGGCUCCAACUAUGUUUACAACUGCAGUGUAGCUUAAGACCUUAUUUUGCAGCAUCAGAGAGUCCAGCAGCAAGUGCCAAACCCAAAAGGCUGCUGGAGCCCUCCACUCCAUGCAUAAUCCUCCCACCCUUUAGUCUACCAGAUGUGCCAAUCUGUGAGGCCAAGGGAAUUGGGCACGUGAAAAGAAGACUUCUGUGGUUUUCUGUGACUUAACUAUCUUGACUGUUUUGGGAGUGAUGGGUUGUUUUUUUCUUUCUUCCUUUUUUUCUUUCUUCUUUUUAUCUUGUAGAUGCCUUGGCGUGCAUCCUUGCUGGCAUAGAAUGCUUCCUCAAAAAGCUUUUGGUUUUGUGCUGGUCUGGAUUUAUUUUCCCUGCAUGGUGAUUUUUCCUGGAACACCUUCUGAGCACUGCUGAAGGUGCCUGACAGAUGGUCCUUCACUGUUGGGUUGUCCCGCCACACUCUGGUGCUGCAGAUGCACUGAGACAUUUGCUUUAGGGCCCAGCAAGCAAUAGCAACUAAGAUUUCCAGAGAAGAAACUCUCAUGGCAUGUUUCCAUUUCAACUGAGGUGCUGUUUCCAAGCUUGUGGAAGAGAAGGGCUGAAAAUGAAAAGUUUAGAGGGUGGUUUUAACUAUCUCACAAAGUCUCUUGAUUUGAAUUUCUCUUCUUCACAUACCUCUGACUCAGGAAUAGCUGUUGUGCACUGCCAGAACAUCGUCAGUGUUAAAACACUGAAAACUCUGAUGCCACAGGCUGAAGAGAAAUCAGCGGUUUCAGUAACCCAAGGGGAAAAAGGGAGAAAAUCAGUCUGUAGGUGGGAAUCAAUGGACAUGUUAAGGUAAAGGGCAGGUAGUAAAGAAGUCUCCUCCAUGUGUUCCUAAAGUCCAGGCCUGGACUCCAACAGACGCAGUGAGGGUCAAGAUGGGUAAUUACGAACACUCAAAUAAGCCAGACCCUAAAAUACUCAUGAAACCAGGUAAAAAGCUUAGAACUACCACAGGGAAUUUUCAUGAGUCUUGACCUUCUUCUUAGGUUUGCUCUCCAGGCUGAAUAGAGAGAAACAUGAUUUUUUUUCACAGAAAAGUAAGAAGAAAAAUCAUAAGAGACUUAGACCAGGGGUCCAAUUGACUUAAUAACCUGUAUCCAACAGCGGCCAGCAACAAGUGUCUAGGAAGAGAAGCAAAACAGAUACCGAUACUUUCUUGCUAUACUCUCCCAGCCUUCAGGAGUUCUAUGGCAGAAAUUGUAUUUAAUAAGCCUUCACAGACCUCUUCUGCUUCCAUGGAUUUAUGGAAUCAUUUCUGGGACUCAUGUGAAAGCCUAAUUACCAAAAAUAUCAUGUGGGCUCUGCGGUUUGUGAUAUACAUGAAAUAGACCUUCCCUUUGCUUGUUUUGAGGCAAUGCCUGGUAAUUGCAUUUAGUGCUCUCCAGUUCUUGUAGGGUGUGAGAGAGCGAAUGAUAGCUGCUCAGUUCACACUUUCCCUGGAGCCCCACUGAGGCUGCAUCAUCUCCACCGACAGUCUCCGCUCUCCACUCCGUCCACCUGAACCCAGAAGCUCCAUCCCAUUGGCACAAUGGUGCAGUAAAGCCACUGGAUACCACAGGUGAACCACAAAGAUGGUUUGGUUGCUCGAGGAGGUCCUGAGUCAUCUGUCCCUGCCCUUGCCCCAGGAUGCCCUGGUCUGGGCCCCUGCCACCUUGACCCUGGCCUCCACUUGCUCUUCUGACAGCAUCACUGGAAGUUGGGAUAAAGCCUGAAAAACUUGGAGCAGAAAUGUGAUGUGCUUGCUAUUCAGGAGUAUCUGCUUAAGCAGUCAGCAAGCACUGUCGGGAACAACUUAUCAACAGGCUGUCUCCCAGCUCUUCUGGCAGGGAGGAAAAUAUAAUUAUCCUCGUUUAACAUCAGCAGAGGCUGGGAUGUAGUGUAAGCGUGUACCCAGAUGGUAGCAGCGUUGUGGCAGUGUCCUCUUCUCCCAAGCCCAGACAUCAGAACCUUCACCCUCUCUGACUGCAGCAUGUGGUCAAAAUCACUGAAAUACUCAGGUCUCAGCUGUAGGUAUUACAUGGAGAAUGUUAAACAAACCUCUAUAUCCAAACAAUGCAACAUCCACGAUGUUGGAUCUCAGCUGGGAUCUAAAUGUUGCCACUUAAUAUUUCUACCUGUAUAAUACAGUCAGUUUCAGUGAUGGUUCAAAUGCAGAGCUGAAGUUGUCACCAAAAUGUAUUCCUGGGACCCGCUCUAGAACACAUGACUAAAUAGCAUCCUAUUACCUAAACUCCUUAAUCUAGAAUACUUCCUGGCAGUAACUAGAAAUUAAUACGAAAAUGGUAUUUCUAAGGGUGUGGUUUUGAAGCCUUCUUUUCCAAAGAAUACAGCUUUUUUUAAUAACCAGUUUGAAAAAAGUGUUUCCCACUCUUUUUUUUUUUUUUUCAGCCUAUGGGAUGUUUUCUUUUUUUCAUAGUAACUGAACUUUCUAGUCUCGAUGUUAUAAGACAUUGGCAAUGAUAGCGAAAGUCUCAGCAUCUUGUGAAUGUGCUGCGUGGGAUAUCCUGAUAGAAAACCAGUAUUAUGCUGCUAUCUUCAACAGGAAACAGAUGAGGGUAGCAUAAGGAUGAGGACAUGCAGCACAUCUGCCCAAAAGUCCUUGUACUGCCCUGAUGAAACAAGUGGAACACUGUCAUCAUCCGUAUCUGUCCUGCCUCUGCCAACGCAGCAUGCCCUGCCGCAGCCACCACUGCAGGCGGGCGUUGUCUCCCUUAGGCUCAGGGAUGGGUGGAUGAGGAAAAGCCUUCCUCCAUUUUCAGUGCAGCAAACCUCAAAAAAUCAAAAGGUAAGUGGCUAUAACCCUGCCUAUUUUAUGCAGCCCAGAGUGGCUGGGAGCAUGGGGUGCCUUGGCAGGAGAUAUUUGUCUACCCAGAGCCAAGGGCAUGGAAAAGUGACACUUUCCAGGGGCAGCCUCUGGUACAUUCAGGUCAGUUGAUAACUUAUGAAUGUAUUUUCUCUGUGUGUCUGUCUGCUGCAGCUUAGGAGAGACCAGUAUUGCUUCAACAUGUGUGACCCUUGCUUCCCUUUGCAGAUGUGGCUCGCAGGGCUCAACCAAACAUAAGUGAGUGAGUCAAGUCUUUCCUCCCACAGGCUGGACAGAGAGAAAGGCAGAGGGAGGCUGCUCUAUUUUUAGCUGUGUGAGACAUGCAGACCUUAUGGUGAUGGGAGGCAGGUAAUUACAUAAUAAGUCAUACUAAGAUUUGCUAUUUAAGUCUAUCUGGUCCCUUCCUUAUCUCAAGUGCUGUACUAGCAGUUCUUACUCUGAAUACCCGUAAUCAAAACAUAAAGCAUUUUCCUGGAAUUCAUUACAUGAAGUAAUAGCCUAUUUAAUGAGCAGCUCUUCUCCGUAGGCUGUACUUACUGGCUAGUGCUGCUGCUGUGGUGUCUUUAUUGGUAUCACCAGAUCUGUUGUAGUCCCACAAUCAAAACCCUGGGGUGAACAAAAGAGGGUCAUUAACUGCUGGGGAAAAGGGCUUGCUUUUGAGCAGCCUGUUUCAGCUAUUGCCUCCAUCUUGCUGCUGCCACCCCUAUAAAGGAAAAGUGUCUUAAACAGAAAAUACGUCUAAAAAAACUGUCAAUAUCUUCAUCUUCUGCAGCAGAUACACCCUGGGCACUUUCAUGCUGCAGUGACCCAAAAUGCACACACCUAUGCAUCACCUGCCUGUCUGGGCAGGCAGGCAGGCAGGACCUUGAGCUUAGUCUUUUCCUUUCCACAAUGAGAGUAUUUCAGGUAUUUUAAAAAAUUCUCAUGGUUGAUUUGGAGAAUUUGCAUCAUACUUGAACAUCUGGCUAUGUCCUCUCUCUACACAAAGUUUGUCUUGGGUGUCUCAACACCACCUUCAUGGGGUUUUUUGCCAGUAAAAUCACCUUUUCUCAGUUCCACUACCAGGAAGAAGAGGGGAGCAGUGAAAGCAAGGAGACUGUUUUAUAGAUAAAGGAUAAUGGAAGCUGUAAGGCCCUUUAGUGGCAUUACCUAGGGAAAAGCCAUAUAUGUUACUGCAAUUUGAAGCAGUGAUAUCUUUUAAAUAUAUAACCUUUUAUUCUCAUGUUGCUCUAAAGCACUUAGAGGAAACAAGCACAUUAAAAAGGAGGCAACAGCCUGCAGCUCCCGGGAACGUCCUACACCAUAUGUCACAGAGGUGCUCUUAGAUUUCAGGUGACGCAGAGACUAUAUCCAGCUCCUGGGCACCAGGGUGAAUGGAAAUACUUCUCACCGCAUUAAUAAGGAAGGGCUAGGUGCCAGCCUUGUAAAUGCAAGCUGUUGGUUGGUAGUUUGGGGAGAAACCAGAAACGCUCACUGCAAGGGUUUCUGGCUUUCUACACAUGAACUGCAAUAGAUUUUAAAAAAUGUGGAUGAAAGGUCUCUCUAUUUUUAUACAGCAGAGUGAAAGCAUUAGGUAUCUGCAGCAAUAUUUAGUCUGAAGGAAAGUGAAAUUGAAUCUGAGUGACAUAAUGAGAAAGUGUCUGGCGAAGCCCGGUCCAGAGGAAAAGCAGCAGGGUUCAUUGCCUUAUAAAAUCUAAUUUUUAAGAUGAAUAAGUAACGGAAUUGAAAGCUAUGGCAUAGCUGAAAGCUAUUGUAUAGCAGACACACACUGUUUUGCAAGGAAAGACAGAGGUGUUGGCAUUUUAAGACAUGAAAUAUAUGGACCAAGAAGCAAGAAAGAAAAUUUUACUGGUGUGAACUGACACUGGGAAGAGUCACAUAGAAAAGGGCAGUGAGCAGGAAUACGGUAGGGAGGAAGCAAGGGCAGAAUAAAGUGAGGCAGGAUGAAAACUGCCUAAACUGGCAGAGCAGGGUAACUUGGAAUAUAAUUCAUGGUCAUUUAAUUUCUUAGGCCUUUCUUUCAGACGCUCUUCUGCUACAGCUCAGGCACCAUGACAGGUGUCUUGGGUUAACAUCAGGCAAAAUCAGCCCCUUACAAAUUGAAGCUGGGAGGGGCACUUUUGCAGAGAAAUGGUUGAAGAAAGAGGGUUCAGUCAGGUAAUGCUUCCUUUAUUUCUCUGAAUCCCUAGAAGAAAUAAACAAUGGAAUGCUUUGGUGUGAACAUAAAAAGAUGCAACAAGUAAGAAAUCUUUUAAAUAUGCUGUAAAGGAUUCAAAAGAACAGGCAAAUUUGAGGGGGCAGAUAAUGUGAUUGUAGACAGAAUCCCUUCAGCAGGCAGCAGUUCAAGUGCCUGCAAGUGUGGCCUUUAAAUGUUGCAUAUAGAUAUGUAUAUUCAAUUGAUACAAUGAGGGAGAAUUUGUUGGAGGGAUUGAUUUCUCCUUGAUUCUGUUAGGCAGAGGAGCACCCUGUAGGCCUUUUAAUUAUGGACUGUUGUCACAGCCCCACUGCCUUUGGUAUCCCCUCUGUGAUGGCCCAAUAUAGGCAGCAAGGGAAGCCUCUGUGGUUUCCUCACUGAUGCAGUCUCCAGUUUGUGCUGUGCCUCUCAUCUUCCUUCUCACAAUGUUGAUUUCUCUCCUUGAGGUCCAGCAAAAGUGAUGCUAAGAGUUUACAGGGCUAUUUUCAAGAGAAAGUCUUCAUUACUCUUCUGUAGUUUUCUGAUGUGCAAGAGGCAUCUAUGGCGUUUCUCAACUGCUUUUAUUAGUGGAGAAGAUACUGGAGAAGUGCAAUGCUUUUCUUUUUCAAGCUCAGAUACUCAUAAGCCACAACUAAAAGGCCUGGGAAAAGUCUCUAGUACUGUUUUCCAGUCUAUCCUCUGGCCCUUGGUACUUUACAUCAGGAUUCAAAAAUGCUCGGUAUUUGCUUUCAGCUGAAAAUAGGAUACCUUCAGUUACUGCAACUGCAGGUGACAGGUGAGUUGAGUUUCUUCUGCAAAGUAACUCUUGAUAAUUUUUGCUGCAGACAGCAAGAAGUACAAAACUGGCUUCUAACAAACUUGUUGCUACAAAGCAGCUUAGGAGAAAAAUUAUCGUGAAAAUUAUUCAAUCCUAUAAACAAGGAAAAUGUACUUUUUUUCUACUGAGGCUUUGAAAGCUUGCCUUUGAAAUACUAGCAGUAAUAUAGGAAGAAACCAAUAGGUCAGUAACUGUGAGAUGUACAGCAAAUUAAGCUUGUAAUCAAGGCAUUCCUUAGUUGUCAUGCUCUGC